AUGCCCCGUGAAGGUUCAUUUUCUCUGAUGCUUAAAGUUCCGUUUUCUAUUACAGAUCAAGAGUUUGAGGACUUUGAGUUAGUGCCUCUGAGGUACCGACCAGAGGGGUUAGAACAGCUCAGUGAAGCUACAAGAUUCACCAAAGAGGAACUACAGUUUAUGUACCGAGGGUUCAAGCAGGAGUGCCCGACUGGGGUCAUCUCCGAGGAAACCUUCAAGGAAAUAUACGGCAAAUUCUUCCCCCUAGGAGGCCUACCUGACGAUGGCAGCGGGCGAAACGCAGCCAUGUACGCUCACUACGUGUUCGGGACGAUGGACCAAGAUGGCUCAGGGACAAUCACCUUCGGGGAUUUCAUCAUGGGCUUGUCGGUACUCCUGAAGGGGACGAUGCAGGAGAGGAUCAACUGGAUCUUCAACUUGUAUGACAUCAACAACGACGGCUACAUCACUAAGGAGGAAUUGAUCGACAUAGUGACGUCUGUAUACGACCUGAUGGGUGACCAAACAACUCCGGGUAUUGACGACGGCACCGCUAUAGACCACGUCGAUAAGGUGUUUGAGAAGUUGGACCUGAACAAGGAUGGUGUGGUGACGAUGGACGAGUUUAUGGAAUAUUGCUCAAAGAAUGAAAAUGUCAUCCAGUCUAUGAACAUAUUUGAUGAGAUCUAGUAGUGCCUCAUCUGUUUUCGUGACGCCAUUGAUGCUUUGGCGUCAUCAAUUGUUUAUUGACGUUAUCGUGACGUCAUCGAUGCUCCUCUGAAGUCAUCAAAUUGCUGGUGACGCUGCCGAUGCCCUGACGUCAUCAUCGGUGGUGGGAGAUCGUAGCAAGCUCACAGACAACCGCCUUAGGGACGACACUCGUCUUCGACUA